AUGGGUGCCCCAGAAGUCAUCGUGAGGGAACUGGAGGAGGUUUCGCUUCCGGAACAGAACCAGGAGCUCUAUGACUCUGCAGAUUUCGACGAGGCCUACAUCAAGAAGGCCUUGGUUCUCAGCAACACCAUCGACAACAUCGGUUUCGGAAGGUACCAGUAUGGGCUUUUCGUGGUGGCUGGGUUUGGUUGGUUUGCCGAUAACGCCUGGCCCUCCGUCACGGCGUACAUUCUUCCUCGUUUAAUUGAGGUUGAUGGAGUGCACUAUCCAGAAGGCCGUUCUCCGUAUCUUCUUUUGUCACAGAGCUUUGGGCUUCUUGCUGGGGCGGCGUUCUGGUCGAUUUCCGCCGACAUAAUCGGCCGCCGCUGGGCGUUCAACAUCACCUUUUUGUUCAUUGGCGUUUUUGGCUUGUGCUCAGGGUCUGCUCCCAAUUUUGCAGCCAUUGGGUGUUUCUGCUCCUUGUGGAGUUUUGGCGUCGGCGGCAAUUUGCCCGUGGAUUCUGCCAUCAUGCUCGAGGCGCUUCCAACAAGCAAAAAGUGGCUUUUGACCGUCAUGUCCAUUUGGUGGGCCAUAGGGCAGGUUGUAACGGCGCUCAUUUCGUGGGCUCUUAUAUCCAACUACAGUUGCCCAGAUUCAGACAAUUGCUUGCGGGAGCAGAACCAGGGAUGGCGGUAUUUCGUCUUCACGCUUGGCGGGCUCACGUUGAUGAUGUUUGUGGCUCGAUUUGUGGUGCCUGUUUUUGAAAGUCCGUCCUUUCAUCUCGGCAAGGGAAACGACGAAAAAGCCGUGGAAAUCGUCCACCGAAUCGCCAAAAUCAACCGCGAGCCGUGUGAAUUGACGAUCGAGGAUCUCCAGAUUGGCGACGAGACAACGCUGACUGAGGAGCCCAAACCACAGGGAAACGAGCUUCUCAAGUCCAAGUUGAGGAGGUACAACCUCACCAAAAUCAGACAGUGUUUCGGGUCCAAGAAACUCAUGAUUUCGUCGAGUUUGGUGAUCUUUUCCUGGGGAAUCAUUGGGCUUGCGUUCCCGUUGUACAUGGCCUUUCUUCCGACAUUCUUGGAACAAAGAGGUGAAGCUAACCAGCCACUCAGUGUUCAUGAAACAUACAGAAACACCUUGAUUGUGGCAGUCUUGGGUAUUCCAGGCGCCAUAAUAGCAGGCAUCAUGGUGGAGCUUCGAACAGGCAGAAAAGGCGUUUUGUUCGGUUCGCUCAUUUUAACUGGAGUGGUGCUUUUUGGAUCCACCACGGCGAAAACACCAAAUUCGUACUUGGCAUGGAACUGCUUCUUCAGUUUUUUCUCCAACAUCAUGUACGGAACGCUUUACGCUUAUACUCCCGAAAUCUUCCCUACCAAAAUCAGAGGAACCGCUGUGGGUCUAGCUGCUCUGGCCAACAGAGUGUUUAGUAUCUUUUCUCCCAUCAUCGCCAUCUAUGCGGAUUUGGAAACGGCAGCCCCCAUCUACACACCGGGAGCCUUGUUCUUCUGA